AUGGAAUAGAGUAGUGCAAGAACUAAGCCUCAUCUCAAUGUGGGAACUAUAGGUAAGAUAACCUCAAACCACUCCGCUCAUAUUUAUAUCAAUAAUAAAAUAGGCCACCUUGGGGAUGGUAGCACCUAAUUCAAGGACAUUCAGGAUAUCGAUAAGACCAAAGAGGAGAAGGCCAAAGGUAUCUCAAUCAAUGCUACUAGAAUCGAAUAUGAGUCAGAAAGUAGACAUUAUGCUCAUGUGGAUUGCCCAGGUCAUGAUCAUUACCUUAAGAAUAUGUUUACUGGUGCAUCCGGAAUGGAUUGUGCCAUCUUGGUUGUUUCUGCAGCCGAUGGUGUCAGGGCUCAAACUAGAGAGCACGUUCUGCUUAGCAGACAAGCAGGUGUUGAUAAAAUUGUAGUAUUUAUCAAUAAACUUGACGGAACUGAUCCAGACAUGGCAGAACUUAUUGAACUGAACAUCAGAGAACUUCUCACAAGCUAUAAAUAUGAUGGUGAUAAUGCCCCAGUCAUCAGGGGUAGUGCUCUCUCUGCCUUGAAUGGAUCUGAUCCAGAGCUUGGAGAAAAAGCCAUCGAGAGACUUCUUGAAGUUCUAGACAAUAACAUUCAGAUUCCAGAUAGAGAUUUGGACAAGCCCUUCCUCAUGUCGAUUUCUAGAAGCUACAACAUCCCGGGAAGAGGUACUGUUGUUACUGGAACUAUCAAGCGUGGUAGAUGCCAAGUCAAUGAUUAACUAGAAGUGACUGGAUUAAACAGAACUAACCAUCAAACCACUGUUCUUAGUAUUGAAUCCUUCAACAAGCUCUUGGACUUUGGUUAGGCAGGAGAUUAUGUUGGAAUCCUACUUAGUGAUGUAACCAAGGAGCAGGUUAGAAGAGGUAAGAGCCUCUCAUAGCCAGGCUCAGUUGGUGUCAGAAGAAAUUUCGAAGCUGAGAUGUAUGUGUUGAGGUCAGAUGAGGGUGGAAGGAAAACAGGUUUCGUAACUGGAUAUAGACCACAAGCCUACUUAGCAACCUCUGAUGUCGAAGUCCGUUUCGAACUCCGCGAAGGAGUUGAGAAUGUUCUCCCUGGAGAUAAUGUCUCUUGCAAACUGAAGCUCAGAUUCCCACUUCCACUUGAGUAGUCUCAGAGAUUCGCUCUUAGAGAGGGUGGUAAGAUUGUUGCUGCUGGAAUUAUCACUAACUGCUUAGAAGAUUCUGAAGAAGAUCUUAAGGAAGGAGUUGAGAAAAGGGUCAAGAAAAAGAAGAAGACCCAAUGA